ACCCCGGCCCAGCCUUGUCUUCCUCCGCUGCUUCCCCGUCGCUGCCGCCUGCUCGCGGCGAGGCGCUCGCCGUCGCCGCCUCUACGCCUUAUUCUUCACCACCGCUACGCCCCCACGCCAUCUGCUCCCACCACCCCCCGCGCACCCACCCCCGGGCCGCUGCUGCUGCGCCCCCUUCUCUUCCCCUCCCCAUCUGGCUUCCCCGCCGCCGCGGGCGACCUCGGCCUAGGGCAUCGGCGGCUGCGGAGCUCUUCCUAUCGCUCUGUGGGAGAGGCCAGGCGCAGGCGCUGCAAAGAUGCCUCAGGUGAUGGUGGUCGCGCGGAACUUUAUGGACAUGGUGGCCGCACUGCCUGCCGCCAAACUCGACAUGCUCUACGAUUCCGCCUUCAUCUGUGAGGCUGUACUCAGGUCGUUCCCACCGCUGGCAAAGAAGUACGUGAUUCAGAUGUUGUACGUGUCGGCACCAAUGCCUGCUGCGGCUAUGCAGGAGUGGGUGCUGGAUGAGUAUGCCUCCAAGCACAAGGUUGCCAUUGAUAGGCUGCUCCAGCUCAGGGUCUUUGUGGAAGUACGUGACAGAAGGAAGGAGGUGAGCUACAAGAUGAAUAAUAAGUUUCAAGCUAACAUGCAAAAGUAUUUGGUUAGUGGCGGGUGUUUGCCAAGGGAACCACUACCAUUCAGUGUCACUGGCAGAUUGCCUACACUCGUGGAACUAGAAAAUUAUGCUCUUGAUCAAUGGGAGUGCUUCUUGCUGCAAUUGAUCAACUCGUCUCAAGUUGAGAAAGGGACCACUUUCAGCUCGUCUAUGAUGAAGACGUUCCAGCGAGGUCUUCUGAGUUCAAGGGAUGGUGAAGCUGCAAAGUUAAGUGAGAAUGGCUUCCAGUUUCUGCUGAUGGAGACAAAUGCACAGCUUUGGUAUAUAAUGAGAGAAUACAUUUCAUCCGCAGAGGAACGUGGGGUGGACCCCACGGACUUGAUAUCAUUUCUAUUGGAGCUUAGUUUUCAUACACAAGGAGCGGCUUACAGCCUAAGUACUCUGACAGAAGUCCAAAGAGUUGCAAUUAUGGAUCUGAUGGAGCUUGGGUUAGUCAAACUGCAGCAGGGCCGGAAAGAUAGCUGGUUCAUACCUACAAAAUUGGCUACAAAUCUCUCAUCGAGCUUGUCAGAUUCAGCUGCCAGCAAAGAGGGUAUUGUGGUUGUGGAGACAAACUUUAGGUUGUAUGCGUACUCUGCUUCCAAGCUGCACUGUGAAAUUCUACGUCUUUUUUCAAGGGUAGAGUAUCAACUCCCAAACCUUAUUGUGGGAGCUAUUACAAAAGAAAGUCUGUAUGGUGCAUUUGAUAACGGGAUCACUGCUGAACAGAUAAUUUCAUUCCUUCAGCAAAAUGCCCACCCUCGUGUCAUCGACAAAAUACCUAUAGUCCCAGAGAAUGUUACAGAUCAGAUUAGGCUGUGGGAGAAUGACCGUAACAGGGUCGAGAUGGUCCUGUCACACGUAUACGAAGAUUUUCCGAGCAAGGACAUGUUUGAGCAAUGCUGUGACCAUGCAAGGGACAACGGGUACUUGCUGUGGGAGGACGCGAAGAAGAUGCGAUUGAUAGUGAACGCGGAGUUCCACCAAGAAAUGCGGGAGUUCCUGCGCAGGCAAAGAUGAUCCAAGGGAAGUGACCAUCUUGGAGAGAAGAAAAGAAGCAACUUGUCUGAACCACACGCUCCUUCAUGUGAGGAAGGCCUGAAUCCACCCACCAACAAGUCUUAAAAGAUCCAUCGGCAGGAGGCAGCGAGGCAGAGUGAUUGUCUGGUAGAUGUUGAAAUCAUUUGAACUCGACGGUCGUAAAUCGAGUGUAAUCAUAUGUUUGAUAGGUUCAGUCUGCAGUUUGCGUCAUGCUAAGUGUAGGUCACAGAAGGUAGUGGAUUAUCCAGUUAGUCAAAUCAAAAUCGAAAGAACUGUACGUGCUCCACUUCACCAGUUCAGUUUUGCAUCGAAGUCGCGUACAAUUGUGAUUAGACUGUGUCAGUCAGUUUGGAACCAGACAAGUUUGCAAAACCGCAUCCAGGCAGGAUUAACAAUUUUGAUUUUCAGUAAA